CAGCUCUUUGUUGGCAGUCCACGAGAGAAGAUUGUUUAGUAAUGAUAACUUGAUGACUGCUCGAGGUUUGAAGUCAAAUACGUUUGAGAAUUUGAUUGUUUCCUCCCACCAGGGCCGAUUUUGCGUCUUUGUCUCAUCAUGCUUCCAAUAUCACAGUUGCAGAAUCAUCCAAGUGUCCUCAUCAGCCUCGUAUUUCUGCUUGGUGGCUUUCUUAUUUGGACUAUCAGAUCGAAGAAGAGAAAUGCAUGUCCGUUACCUCCUGGACCUCCAGCCGAGCCUUUCAUCGGUCACUUUCGUUUGAUACCAGAGAGGAAUCCGGAACACAAGUAUAUUGAAUGGGGAAAGAAAUAUAAUUCUGAUAUCCUCUACUUGAAUGUCCUCGGACGUCCAAUCAUUGUCAUCAACAGCACGAAAGUUGCUCAUGAAUUACUUGACAAACGAGGUGCCAAUUAUGCGGAUAGACCUCGUUUUGUACUGUUCGAGGUAAUGGGUUGGGGGAUUACCUUGACUUUCCUCCGUUGGGGCCCUCAGUUUAAAUUGCACCGCAAGCUCCUCCAGCAGUCGUUCACCCCAACGGCAUGUAAACCCUACCGAGCAAUUCAAGAAGAGGAAGCUCGACGGGCAUGUCGCCAAAUCUUAUCACAUCCUCGAGACUGGGAAACAUUAUCUCGAUGUUUUUCAUCUGGAAUUGUGAUGCGAAUUGGAUUUGGUGUCAAGAUCGAAGACAAAGAUGAUCCAUAUAUCCAAAUGGCCAUCAACGCCGAGACUGCAACAGGAAAUGGUGGAACUCCAGCAGGAACCAUUGUGGAUUUCUUCCCUUUGCUUCGCCACUUUCCUGCGUGGUUGGUAGGUUCAGAUGCGUUGCAGCAUGCUCGUGAUUCCAAGUCCGCUAUUCAGACGCUUCAUGAUGCUCCAUGGGCUGCUACUGAACCGGAAAUCAAGAGUGGGAAAGCAAAAGACACCUCGUUUAUGCGAAUACAUUAUGAGCGCUUCUUCAAGAAUCUGGAAGAAGGAAAGGGCAAUGAAAUGACUCUGGCGGACAUUAAAGGUGCAGCGGGAGCAAUUUCGAUUGCUGGUGGAAACACUACUUGGUCCACGAUUGUCGUCUGUAUCCUUUACCUGAUUCUAUACCCAGAUGUACAGAAGAAAGCCAGAGCCGAGAUCGAUGCCGUAACUGGAGGAGACAGACUACCGACUUUCGAUGAUAGACCAAGCAUGACCUACCUAGAAUAUGUCAUCGAAGAGACCACGAGAUGUGUUCCAUUAUCUCCUCUCGGAGUUCCUCAUGCGGUACUCGAAGACGACAUCUACGAAGGCAUGCUCAUCCCAAAAGGAUCCGUUGUUUAUGCAAACGCACAAGCAAUGACACACGACGAGAGAGUCUACUCGAAUCCCAACAUCUUCAACCCAGAUCGAUACGCAGCCAAGGAGAAAGGCGGGCUUGGCGAGCCUCUCCCAGAAGGACCUUUUGGAUUCGGUCGACGAGUGUGUCCUGGUAGGCACCUUGCACUUGCCGGCGUCUAUAUCUUCAUGGCGUAUAUGCUUGCUACGUUUGAGUUGAAACCGAUCACUGGACCGGACGGAAAAGAGAUACCUCCAGAGAUUCGCUUGACGAAUGGGUUGUCCAGCCGACCUGAGCCUUUCCAUUGCUCGAUCGUCCCGCGAUCAGAGAAAGUAAAGAGAUUUUAUGAUGACAAUGAAAAACAGUUGGUAUGAGAUCUCCCGGAGGAUAGAGAUUCUCCAAAAAGUUUGCAUUGACCUACUCAAAUACGAAGAAUUCAACCAUAAUCAGUGCAACCUCAAAUUGAGUGCGUGUUCGUCUGCAUUUCCUUGAGCCGAAACAUUUUCUUUUAGUGCUCCAAGCCUGAAUAUUUAGCGACAAGACCCCUAAAGGUCCCUGCAACGCCCCAAAAUAAGCGAACAUAACCCCAUGCUUCUUGUUUUCUGUAGGUAGUCGUAC